UUAACGUUAAUCCACAACUAAACGACACAAUAAAUCCUCUUCUUAUUCUGGUCAAACUCAAACCUCAAUUCCAUAUAAAAACCCAGAACAAGCCCGCAUUCAAACUCACCCCCAAAAUAUCUCAGAAACAACAAUAAAAGAAAAGGUUCAGUUUUACGAUGAUCGGGAAUUCCUCGUCCUGGUCUCGGCUUGAAGACAAGCUCUUCGAGCGAGCACUUGUCAUCUUUCCCGAGGAAUCCCCAAACCGAUGGCAAAAGAUUGCCGCCCAAGUUCCGGGAAGAACAUGGGUUGAAGUGAAGAAACAUUACGAGGAUUUGGUUCAUGAUGUCGGAGAAAUUGACUCAGGGCGAGUUCAGUUGCCGAGUUAUGAGGAUGAGUGGGGGAUGGACUCAGCAGGUGGUUGGGGUUCUGUUACUGAGUCUGGGACGAGUCAAGUAUGGUUUGGGUCUAAAGGGAAGGAGAAGGAGACAUCAGAGAGAAGGAAAGGAGUCCCUUGGACAGAAGAAGAGCACAGGUUGUUUCUGAUUGGAUUGCAAAAAUAUGGGAAGGGAGAUUGGAGAAGCAUUUCAAGAAAUGCUGUAGUAUCAAGAACGCCAACCCAAGUGGCAAGCCAUGCCCAGAAAUAUUUUCUUCGAUUGAACUCGGUUAAGAAAGAUAAGAAGAGGCCUAGCAUUCAUGAUAUUACCACUAGUGCCACUGCCACAAGCUCAUUGGGCCAAGCAAAUAAUCCAAAUUGGACUCAUGAUUUAAUGGACCCAAACACCUUCAAUGAUCCAGAAAGCCCAUCUGCUUAUAAUGGUUUUGGGUUUCCAAUGUAAUUAAAGUCUUAAAAAGUCCCAAAAAAAAAAAAAAAAAAAAAGAGAGUAAAGAGUUCUGAAAAAGUUAGAGCAUUAAGUCUAAAUAAGAUGUAAUAGAAUAUGUAAACAAAUGUAUGUUAUCCACUAAAAUGUUUUAUUUAAAAAAAAAAAAAUCAUUUUCAAGAGGGCUGGUA